UUUCGCUAGUUUUCGGCGUCAAAUAAUGGCCGAACGUUAGGCUAGGUCGUUGGCUAGUAUAAUUUUGUAAAAAAACUAGUACUUAUUUAGUAACGUUCUUCCUGAACAAAAACAAAUUGCUGCUAAGUGACUUUCGUAAUAGUUAUGUGAUUAUUGGUUUCUAAUCUGAAUAGUGAAUGUUGACGAUUUAUGGACGGAACAGUUUGUGAUGUGAACACUGAAUUCCUAUUAAUUAAAAUGUUAUUUGGCUAACGACUCCGCGAUGCGUCUGGGAGGGGCGCUGGCCACAUUCAGUCGCUCCGACACUUUGCUAGUGAAGUGAUAGUGUGUAGUGAUAGUGUUUAGUGUUAGUGCCGGGUUCGUGAAGCCCGAUGUUGGCGUCAUGGCCUACCUGAAUAAGAAGAAGCGGUACAAGUUUGGGGUCCAAAUUUGUCUCGAGGAACUAACGGAGGUUCCGUUUGUGUCGGCUGUGUUGUUCGCCAAGGUGCGACUCGACGGUGGAAAUUUUGUGGAUUAUUCAAGCAGGGAGGAGGUCCGUGAGCACGCAGUACGGUGGAACUCAACGUUCUCGUUCGUGUGCAAGAUGUACGCAAAUGCGAACACGGGUGUGUUGGAGCCGGCUAAACUACGAGUUUCUGUACGGAAGGAGUGUAAAGGCGGUCGUUCAUACCAGAAGCUGGGCUUCUGCGACAUGAACCUCGCAGAGUUGGCGGGUUCGGGAGAAACGACACGGCGGUGUCUUCUAGAGGGUUACGACAAUAAGUCCCGGCAGCGGCAGGAUAACUCUGUUCUCAGGAUACGCAUCAAGAUGAAUAUGAUUUCUGGAGACCCUCUGUUUAAAGUACCUGAAAGCAAACAAGAAGUGUCAGAAGGCAGAUCGGCGGGGACUCCGGACAGCGGAGCGGAUACAGCACCAGCGGCAGACGACGACUGCGCCUCGUCAACUGCCAGCUCGGGCUUCGGAUCAUUGACUAAGAAGCACAAUUAUGAGGGUAGCCACAAUCAGCCGUUAUCAUCCCUCCCAUCGUGCGACCUACCUUCGCCUGACAAUGAGGAACCGCCCACGCCUCUUCCGGAUUGUCCUGGUCUAACCGUAGUAUCGGGAUCAUGCGCUGAAUGUCAUCAACAGCCACACACGCACUCUCGCAACUCGUCCAACACUUCGGGAGACAUGAGCAGCAAGGUAAUACUGGCAUCAGGGUACGGCAGCUCUGUGUCAGCUGCCUCUGCUCACUCGAGGCAGAGCUCUGAAGGUGAUUCCGCACCUGACAGACCACAUCACAAUAGCGUGCGCGUCGAACGAACUACGAGGACGACGACCACAGUAUACGUGCCGCGAUGCAAGCACGCGGGCCUCGCCAAGCUGGUCAUAGAACGGACCCUCACUGACACCUCUGACCUUUACCUCUCCCCUCCCUCUGACGUCUCCGAUCCCUAUCUCACCCCCAAUGCGACUCUCACGGCACAGCCUGACGUCAUACCGAGGCAUGUGAUCCGCUCCCCCCCAAGCGAAGAGUACAAAACCCCAGACAGCACAAUACACGACGAUUCAUUCACGAUGCCCACGUACUUCGAUCAGAAGAGACGAGCUGCAUCGAUAAUAUCGUCAGUCGUAGAACCGCUCACCAACUUCCAAAUUCUCAAACAGAAGUCUCUCAACACUAUUCCAGCUUUAAUAGAGAAGAACAAAAAGAAUGAGGAGCUGUUCACGAACUUUCCAUUCUUAACGCCUCUCGCGCAUAGAAAGAACUCUCUAGUCGCAAACAGGCUCUCCGGUUGCAUAGAGGAUGAGUUCUAUUGCAUUCCAUCUGAGCCUGAGGAUCUGACGGAGAAGAUAGACGUGAGGCAUAGGUUUAGGAGUGUCUCCAACCGGGCGCUAAAUGAGCAGAUGACGUCUACCCCAAAGUCAGAGGUGGAACUUCUAAGGCACAGUGUCGCCGUAUGCGCAAGAAAUCCGUCUUCGGGGUCAUUGACCGCAUCUGCGUCUGAAUCGGGUUCGUUGGAGCGCGCGCGUGCCGCACUCGAGAGACGGAAAAGAGUCGCUGCACCGCCCGUACAAGACGAUACACAGCAUGCGGUAUCGUGUCGUGUGGAGAACACCCGCGUGAACCCUAAGUCCCUGAUCGAGGAGAUCAUCUCCGCUACCGAUCUUAAGCAGGCUGUAGAGGAUCCGGCCGAGACUUCCGGUCUCCAACUUUUCAUAACGCCGGAAGGAACGGCGGAACUAGGUUCGAGGCAGCGUGCAAGACAACUUGCGAGACGAGAUUACCAACGUGUUGUGUUACACCCCCAUCCCCGACCACACCCGAGGGACCACAGGUAGCCAACGGUGUGAAAGUGCGACUCUGCGCGCGCAAUGCAAACCUGACACUUGAUACCUGACGAAAGAUUCGACGCUUAGUGUUCAUUUUGCUUGAGUCCUAGGACUCUGAACUAUAACAAAUAUUUUUGCAACGCUUUAUAAGUGUUAAUUAGUGUAUCAGACUUGCCGACAAUAUAUUGACGCAAAGACGGAAGAGCUUGCUGUCUCUAUUAUUUCCCUAAUAAAAACAGAGAUAGUUGAAAGUUUAUGAGUGCUGGCUUUAAUCGAAUGCUUUUUUGAGAGACAAUUAUUGUAUUAUUUGCCAAUAACGUGGAGUAAAGAUUGUGUUGCCAUGGUUACGACUUCAUGGUAGUCAGCGUAACUAUGGUAACGAAUCCUUUACUUAAAUGUACGUUUAAUAAAAAGAAGGACCUACAAAUAUUUUGAAUGGCACCCAACCUUACUAUUGUCGAUAUUCUAAAAACAUUAUUUUCACAUUAAUUGUAAAAUGGGCUAGUUGACUUUAUUGAGUUGAUAUCGAAAUGGAGUUAUAUUUGACAUUAAAUUCGACGAUUCCUAAUAUGUAAAUUUUUUUAAUCCUACAUUAAUUUUAAUGUUAUUGUUAAUUUAUUAAUUCGUAUUUUUGUAAUAUUAUUAUUAUAAAAUUACUCUCAUAUAAUAAAACGUCAACUGGCCUAUUCAAGGGUUCACUAUAAAGACGUUUUUUUUUUUUUUCAAUUAUUUUAAUGCGGUGGCGAUGUUUUUAGUUAAGAUGAAUUGAAUUGAUUGACAUGUGAAGGUGGUGUGAAUUGUAUAGAAUGUUCCUCUUGUAAAUAAACCGUCGCGACGACAUAUUUAUUGUUUUUAAUGUAUUAUAAUUUAUGCCAUAUGUUUUACUAUGUGUAUUAUAUUCGGCUCGGGACAUGCCUAUAAUGAAAAUAUAUCUUCAUUUUAUUUGUAUGAACUUUUAAAUGUUUUUUAACCUACGUUUUUACUUAAUUGUACGCAUUUGAUGUAGAUGUAGUGCUUUAAACUUAUACGAUCACCUCGAUAUUGCUUCUAAAACAAUUAGUUCCUGUAUUAGGUCAGAUGAGUUUGAGGCACUAUCAACCUUUUGAUGGCAGCUCGAGUGAUUAAGUCGUCAUUUAUUGACGUUUGUAAGAUACAAUUUGUGUGUUCCUAUGCUUAAUGAAAGGACGAUAUAAAUAUAAUUCUUUGCUUCCAUUUUGUACGAAUUUGUGUUUCUAAGUAAUUUCCAGUCCUCCAGUUUCUCCUUCAGAACGAGUGCUCACAUGACGGUGCUAAGUCAAUGUGUAGUUAGUAUAGGUACUGUGACGUCAUCCCUUAGUAUUUUAAAGCCUUCAAUUAUUUAUAUACAGUACCAGACCAUUUAUAAGUCGUAUCGUGCUUGGAAAAAGAUACUCGCUUCGUAGAGCGUCAUCUCUGUCACACGAAACACUAACAGUCUGCUAUCUAUUAGGAGACAGAGACGGCACUAUACGAUGCCGAAGCUAGCCGAGUAUCUCUUUCUAAAACAUGAUGAGACUUGGCCGGGUACUGUACCUAUGUGGAAGAGAAAAUUGAGGGUUGUCCACAAAAUUUGAAUUUAUACUGUUAUAAUUAUUUAAGCUUUGGACUUCCAUCUUAUUAAGUGCAACAUUUGUAAUUGGUCGUAAAGUAAUUUACCUUUUUAUUUUAACAUAUAUGAAAUUCACUUUUUUAUUUAAUAAAAUGAGACUGUUAUUCCCAAAUGAACUGAUACUUUCGAAGUCCUCCAGUCCAGGCUGCUUGCGUUUUUUGAUUUUUACUUAAAGACGACAAAAUAUAUGUAUUAUUCUAUUAGUAAUCUUAGAAAUAAUUGAAAUUAAUUUGUUUAAGUGUCAAAAUUUCUGUGAUUAAAGCAACAAAGUAACUAUUUUUUCUGAAAUCCCUGACAGUACAUUUAAUAUUACUGUUUCAUUGUGGAAUGUAAAAUUAUUAACAGUGAUAAAUAUUGAUCUAAAUAGAAUGUGCAAAUGUUUAAUGUAAUAUUUCAAUGGCGGGAUGGAUUAGAAUGCCAAAAUCACUAGAUCCUUCAUACAAGUGAGCUUGUUAUAUUAAAAUAGGUGAUUACAAAAAGUAAAAAAUCGAUUUUCGAACAUCAAUACAGACAGAAUAACUAACGCAAGUUUUAUACUAGAUAUAUAUUUAUUUUUAAAUUUGAGGUUUUAUAUAUUAGAUAUGGUUGAUACGUUAUUGUUACGUCUAGAUUGUUUCAGAUUCUCUAAAUUAGAGGAUCUCGCUCGUAUGAAGGAUCGCGUUAUAUAGAAAAUAUUACUACGGGAUAUUUCUAAAUAGAAAGGGUUUUGAAGCUUUGUAUUAUACCGAGAUCUGUCACUCCUUUGCGAAAGCUUGAGGUUUGCCGUUAAAAGUAACUGCCCGCUGCCCGACGUGGACAAUUUUGGACGCGGCUACCGUAGCGGUUGCAUUUACGUGUUAUUUAUCGUGUUGAAAUUAUGUAUUCAGUAUUAAUGUACAAUUAAUUUAUUGAGUAAGGUCGCUAAGUACAUCGUAACGUGUAUUGCGAUGUGUUUCCCGACAGGCAGAAGGGACGGCGGCGGAAUUGUAUCAUAUGUCUUGUAAUACAGCCUGUACAGUAUUUGAAUAAAGGACGUGUUUAGAGCUA